ACGUGUGAGUACAAAACGAUUAAAAGGGUUGGUUUCGUCGCAACGCUUUUGAAACGCGGUUUUCCAGAAAGCGAGUGACGCCGAUUUCGCCUUUCUCCUUAGCUUAGCGGGAUCGCUUUCAAUACAACAUUUCUCUAGGCAGCUGAGUCGCCGCCUUUCGAGUAAGGAGAUUAGUCGCGCUCCUACGCAAACCACGCCUCUUUUCCGUCUUGACUGACACUACCGACUUCAUAAGCCCGCCUCGGCAAAUAGAAAAGUCGUCUUUAUCAUAGAGGUGUCAAGGCUAGAACAACUUACAAGGCGUUUCUACCGGAAGUUCCGGCUGUGAAUCGAUUGAGUUUCCGAGUUUUUUUCCGUAUAUCGGCUGAUCGUGGGAAAAUAGGAGGUUAGAGUUCAGUUCUGUCCUGGUGCGUACAAGUGACGUGUGCGGAGCAGCUGGUGGGAUUUGCGGUUAGAAGGUUUUUCUGAACGUUUUUUGGGGUGAAAAAGAAAGAAAUUCCACGGCAUUUUGACCAGGUCCCAUCAGUGAUCAUGGCACAAUACAAAGGAGCUGCCAGCGAGGCUGGCCGGGCCCUUCAGUUGAUGAAGAAGAGAGAGAGGCAACGUGAGCAUAUGGAACAAAUGAGGCAACGCAUCGCUGAGGAGAACAUCAUGAAGUCAAACAUCGAUAAGAAAUUCUCUGCCCAUUAUGAUGCAGUGGAAGCUGAGCUGAAAUCUAGCACCGUUGGUUUGGUGACCCUCAAUGACAUGAAGGCCAAGCAAGAGGCCCUUGUAAAGGAACGGGAGAAGCAGCUAGCCAAAAAGGAACAGUCCAAAGAAUUACAACUAAAAUUGGAACGGAUGCGGGAGCGGGAACGCAAGCAGGAACAAAAACGUAAGAUCUCAAGCUUGUCCUUCACUCUGGAUGAAGAGGAGGAAGAUGAUGCUGAGGAAGAAGAUGAGGAAACAGACUUGGAACGAGAAGAGUUGCCUCCCAAAAAGAAGAAACUUGGGAAGAACCCAGAUGUGGAUACUAGCUUCCUCCCUGACCGUGACCGUGAGGAAGAAGAAAACCGCCUGCGAGAAGAGCUUCGGCAAGAGUGGGAGGCCAAACAAGAAAAAAUCAAGAGUGAAGAAAUUGAGAUCACAUUCAGUUACUGGGAUGGCUCUGGGCACCGCCGAACAGUGAAGAUGAAAAAGGGCAACACCAUUCAGCAGUUCCUGCAAAAGGCCCUGGAGAUCUUGCGCAAGGACUUCAGUGAGCUUCGGUCAGCCGGUGUGGAGCAGCUCAUGUACAUCAAGGAAGAUCUCAUCAUCCCACAUCAUCACAGCUUCUACGAUUUCAUUGUCACCAAGGCUCGAGGGAAAAGCGGCCCGCUCUUCAAUUUCGACGUCCAUGAUGAUGUCCGGCUGUUGAGUGAUGCAACAGUGGAAAAAGAUGAGUCCCACGCUGGUAAAGUUGUACUUCGCAGCUGGUAUGAGAAAAACAAACAUAUUUUCCCCGCGAGCCGAUGGGAGCCUUAUGAUCCAGAGAAGAAGUGGGACAAGUAUACGAUCCGCUGAGCCACCAAUGUUGGAGCUCCUGAUCCUCUCGGUGCGUAUGUGUGUGUGUGUGUAUGUCGAAUCUGGCUCUUGCCACCCCAGAUCUCCUGCAGUAUUUUUAGACCUUCCACCUCUUCAGCUAUGCCCUGUCCAUAUUUGUACCACCCUUCGGUGAAAUAAACCUUUGCUUUUCCCAA